AAGUUGUCGGAGCACUCCUGAUGCUCCAUCUCCUCUGUCUCCCGCGCCUCCCGCACGGCGACCAAUGCCUCCCAGCAGCGUCGGCGACCUCUCCCUGGAGCUGCUCCGCCUGUCGCUGAGCCAGCGGCAGGCGAAGCGGCGGCUGAUCGACGGCGUCGCAGAGCGGCUGCAGCUCGAGCGGCGCCCUCUCAUCCUCGGCGAGCUGCUCUUCCGCCUGCUCGAGCCAGACACGGCCGCGGCGGCGGCACUCGGCGUGCUGCUCCUCGUCGUCGCGGUCACCGGCCUCGCCCUGCCGUGGGAUGGCCUGCUCGGCGGCCUGCUGCUCGCGCUCGCGGUGGCCAACGCCUGGAUCUCCUCGCGUGAGUCUCGGCUCGCGGCGGGCGAGCUGAAGAGCCGGCUGCAGGUGUGGCUCCGCCUCAUCUCGCGCGACCACCACAUCCACCGCGCCGCCGCCGACGGCCCGGCCACCGUGGCGCUCAUGCGGGACGGCGUCUGGCUGCGGCUUCACCGCAACCUCUGUGUCGAGGGAGACCUAAUCAAGCUGUCCGCCGGCGAGGAGGCGCCGGGCGCGUGCGCGCAGCGGCCGCACCUGACGUCGCUCUGCGGCCUGGAGGCGCAGGCCCUCGAGGCGGGCGCGCCCUUCUUCCCGGCGCCACUGCCGCCCCUCCCUCGCGGCGUCUCCAGCUCGCUGACCGACGACGUGCGCUGCUCCUUUGUCCUCUCCGAGACGAUCGCCGUGCGGCAGAUCGACGGAGCGAUGCGUUCGCGCCGGAAGCCGCCGCCGCCGCUGCAGGUUCAGCUCGCGGGCGCGCGGCGGCUGAUGCUGUGGGCGGUGGCUGGUUCCUGGGCCCAGGCCGCGGCGCUGCAGGCGCUCGGCUAUGGCCUCUCCUCGCCCCCUCCCUCUCCGUCCGGCGAGCAAGGCUUCGAGUUGCGGGAGUGGCUCGGAGGCUUCCUGCUGCCGCACCUCGCCGCGCUCGCCCUGCCUCUGCUCCCGCUCGCCCUUCCCGCCUUCAUCGCGGCUGCCAACGCCCUCUGCGCCGCCUACCUCCUCGCCUCCCUCUCGGGCAUGCCUCUCCACUCUCUGAGGCCGGCCAGCCCGAGGGCGAGCCGCCAGCGGAGGGCGGACGGAUGGGGCGCUAGCAAGGCGGACGCGGCUCUCCCCCGCCUCGGGGGCUGGGGCGGCGGCGGCGGCAGCUGGCUCGGCCGCUCGGCCGCGCGUCGGUACUGGGGCUUAUCCGGAGGCACUCCCAGCCACGCGGAGAGCGAAGGCGCAGCUUCGUCUGCGUGCCGCAUCGCUCGCCGAGGGCCGGAGAGGCUCUUCUCGCACGGUGCGCCGAAUACGCUGCCCGGCUCGCGCUUCGUGCGGCACGCGGGCAGCAGGCAGAGCUACGAGCAGUGGCUGUACGUGCUGCAGCUCGCGCUCCGCAUACUGCGCGGCGAGCCGCAGCCGGGCCAGGUGCGCCCGUCGCGGCUGCUCGCGUCGCUCGGCUCCGUGACGGUCCUCGCGGUGCCCGACAAGCGAGGCGUCCUCUCGGACGGCACCCUCUCCAUCAAGCAGCUCGCCUUCUUCCGGCUCGACCACUCGGGCCAGCCCAAGCUGACCACGCUCGACAUGUCCAAGCACCCCGCCUACCGCUUCCUCACCCGCUUCGACGACCCCGGCUGGCGAGGCCACCUCGCCGCUCUCAAGCCAAUCGGGCUCAACGCGGUGCUCCGCUCGACGUGCC